AUGAAGAAGAGAAGUCUGGUCACAAGGGGCGAAAUACUUCCUGCGCAGCCUGUGCCAGAUGGGAUCCUAGCACCUCCUUAUGUUGCUGAUCCAGACCAAGUACGUGGCUGGUGGAACUCACGAAUUGAACCAAAAACGGACGAAGACGUGGCGGCAAUGAGGUCUGCUGGGGAGCUGGCGCAUGCGGCCUUGGACUUGGCCGCUGGUCUGAUUCGGCCAGGCAUCACUACUGAGCAGAUGGACAAGGAACUGCAUACCUUUAUUUGUGACCAUGGAGCUUAUCCGAGCGAUCUCCAGUACAAAGGCUUCCCGAAGAGUGUCAUGAUCAGCAUCAACGAAGUGAUUUGUCAUGGCAUUCCUGACUGCCGCCCGCUGGAAGAUGGUGAUCUGGUAAAUGUGGAUGUGACGCUGUACAGACAUGGCUUCCAUGCAGACACUGCGCGGACAUGGAUGUGUGGUGAGGCAGAUCCGGCAGGCGAGCGUCUUGUGGCGUCCACGCGCGAGGCGCUGGAUGCCGCUGUGGCCGUUUGCGGUCCUGGAGCGCCUCUGAAAGCCAUCGGCGAUGCAGUAGCAAACAUAGCUGAACGCGAAGGCUUCGGCAUCGUCAAGACCCUGGUUGGCCAUGGAAUCGGGGAGUUCUUUCAUGGAGUUCCGCAGAUCUUCCACUGCCGCAACAGCGACAAUCGAAAGAUGCAGGAAGGCACCACCUUCACCAUCGAACCGGUUCUGACAGAAGGCGAACCAGAGUGGUUUACGUGGGAAGACGGAUGGACCGUUGCGACAAAGGACGGCGGCCGCGCGGCCCAGUUUGAGCAUACAAUCCUAAUCACAGCCGAAGGCUGCGAGGUCAUUAGGCACAAGCACACUUGUCACGGCCUUCCGGAGAGCCUUUGCCGCAUGGAGCAGCUACUUGGGAGACGUCGACGUCCCUCCGCUCCACUCCGACUCUGCCUGUUGGGGCUCUGGUCGGUCGCGAAUGGAAACCAGUUUGACUGCGACACGCCGACCUGCGCCCGACACAGUAGUUGGCUGCCAGCCCCAUAUCCCAAUUCCACAGAUAUUUGCAACGAGCUCCAGAUCAAAGCGCUGCAGAGCUUCGUGUCUGUGGCGCCCCAGCUCUGUCGCGAGUGGGCAGCUAACGGGCUGGGAGUCUGGGAAGAUUGCCGCAAGUCAUAUUGUCAGGCUUUGGGAGACCUUGCAUCGAACUUGUCGCAUGCAGGCACCAACUUGUAUUACGGAGGUGAUGAAUGCCGGCCGCUCGUAAACUUUAACCAAACACUCUGCGAAACUGUUUAUCGCGAUGCUGAAGGCUUCUGUGAGUGUUUUUGUCCCUCUUUCAGUUUGCUGCAAGUCCCAAGCGUAGGGGGCUGCGAGUCCAAAAUCUAUGAUUUUCUCUUUCUUGGACGCCGGGGUGUCGAACUCAGCCAGAAGUACGCGCUGAGUGGCUACUGUGCAGGCUUCUUAUGUGAGUUCAUGAACAAACUGGGAGAGCCCGAUCCGCCUUACCCAAUAGAGGGCAUUCCUGGGAAGUGCAAGAGCUUGGAGUUGCCGUGGCGAAUCGAGGGUUGCGUGAACUUAGUUUCAGAGCAACCAUACAACCCCGAAGCCUGGAAAACACCAUAUCCGGAGGAUAAUGUCAUGGAGUGUGUAGACAAAACUACGCACGAAGUGGAGGUACGCCAAGCUGAUACCAUGCAAGUUUGCAACACGCACAAAUUCAGGUGGCGGUGUCCCAACAAUGUGCCUGUAAUGUGCAAGGAUCCGUAUUAUUGCACCGGGGACCACUGCUGCGUAGAAACUGUUGAAGAAUGUCCAUCGGGUGAGCGAGAGGCGUCCCCGAUGCUUGCUCUGGAGCUGCCCGAGUGGAUUGGCCGGUUUCCACCCGACAUGAUUGAGAGGCUUGGUACUACAACAAGCUUAGAUGCUUAUUCUCAGUUUCUUGGCAGCCUGGGCACGACCUCACGUGCACCAAGUUUCGCCCAACAGAUUUCUGAUUAUGCGUGGGCCGGAAGUGCGAUUCUGGUCGUCAUUGGACUUACAUGCUCUUGCCUGGCCUGUUACUACAUGGGACUGAUUAACACCAGCCACGUUCGCAAAGUGGUUCUUGGACCCGCCCGCCUUCUCAAUGCCUACCACGCGGACCCAGUGACUUUUUUUGCAUCUGGCAACCUGCCUCGCAACAAGAAGCGCGAAGCACCUCUGCCACCAAUGAGACCUGCACAUGAGAUCGAAGAGGAGCGCAGAGAUAAUGAAGCUUGCGCUGCGCUUGAGGACGCAUGGGACAUCGCUUCGCUAAAGGGAAUGCGACAUUUGGUGGGCAGGGCGAACGAUCCGGACCCCUUCCAGGCUAAGCUAUUGCGCGAUGCCAUAUCCAUAGCCCGAUCAAGGGGCCUUCAGGUUCGUGCUGGUGUGGCAGACGUUCUUCAGAAGGGAGAGAAAUGGCUAAGCACCCUGGAGGCAGAGAGAGAACUACUGCGAGCCGUAGAGGAAGCUCGCCCUGAUCUGCGAUGGGCUGCCCAAGUCAGGUUGACCGAGGCACCUGUCGUGGGCAAGCCGUGGAUAGCAACGACUAUGUUCAAAAUGGCCGAGAGCGAGGUGCGAAGCGGCGGAUGGAAGCAUAUUGAAGAUCUGCGUGCUGCCGUCCAGGUUGCAGAGUCUCGGGACAUCAGCGAGUCGCACAUGAAGGAGGCGCAGGCGCUUUUAGCGGCGCUGGUUGCACGCACCCACGAGCUCCCCUCCGAUCGAUGCGUUCUGGAUCCAGACGGCGAAGGUAUCAAGCUGCUGCCCAAAGGCUCCCAAAGAGCAGUCUGGCCAAUCACAGGUGACACCUACACCUACGAGCACGGCUCAUCGCAAGGAGGUGACAUGGGUGUGGAUAUUCUACCUCCGAAAGAAGUCUUGGGUGAUGCUGCUGUGGAUGAUGCCCGGCCAGUGUGUGCCGAGUGGGCCAAGUCCUCUCGCUGCAAAGCAGGCCGCGACUGCCCCUGGCGGCACUGCCGGCCGCAGGCUGGUGACUCCGUGCGUGAGUGCAUCCUUUUCGACAUGUAA